AUGUUUUACAUUUUUGAGAAGAAUAAAGAAAUAGUAGGUUGCUCAUCUCGGGGCAGUCUUGCGUUUAAUGUCCCUCCCGGCCACUCUAUCCUCGACUGUCUCGUGACCGGCGCUGGCCAAUCACAGCUGAGGCUGCACAGGGACGACAACAACAAAAAAAUAAAUGCAGAAUGCUAGAACGAACCAAGCUUAAACUCAAAUAUUGUGUAUUUUUACUUGUAUUUAAUUCAGCGUUUGGCUCAGUCACAAAUGAAAAACCAAAUAGAUUGAACCGUUGCAAGCUAGCGCUAGUGUUAGUUAAUGCCCUGGCGGUGUUAACGCUAACGGUAGCUUUCUGACAGGACGCUUUUUUGAUGUUUCAGGAACGCUAGUUGUAUAGGUUAACGUGCUGGAUAUCAUUUUGCCAUUAGCUAACGCUACUAUCGUUACACACCGACUAUCCCGUCACUAAAGAUAGCGAUGGACGCUCUAACAUGCUAGUAGGACCAUGUUCAAAAAUGUUUUUGGCUCAGGGUUUCUGGUAAGAACAGCUCAUGUGAUUUUGACAUGGGUCAUAACGUUAAUACUCUUCCUACAUGAUACAGAGCUGAGGAAGCAGGAGGAAACGGGCCAGCUUGUCCAGCCUGUGCUCUUCGUCCUGUUGGUGCUGGUGUCAGUGUUGCUCUAUUUCGCCGUUUCUCUGAUGGACCCAGGCUUCAUUUUGUCUGAUGACAGCGAUUUACAGUUCACGCUGGGAGUGACUGAGGAGCAGCAGGACAUGAUCCCACCCACCACCAAAUCCCUUCGACAGCGCCGUUGUGGCCACUGUCUGCUGCAGCAGCCAAUGAGAUCAAAGCACUGCCAGACGUGUCAGCACUGUGUCCGGCGUUACGACCAUCACUGCCCCUGGAUUGAGAACUGUGUUGGUGAGAGGAACCACCGCUGGUUUGUGCUUUACCUUGCUGUCCAGCUGCUAGUGCUGCUGUGGGGGCUGCACAUUGCCUGGACGGGCUUCAGUUACGCACCCGCGUGGCAGCUGUGGUUGCGUACCAAUGGCAUGCUGCUGGCCGUGGCCGUGCUGGUGGCUCUGCUCUCGCUGAUUGUGCUGCUCUUGCUCGGCUCCCACCUUUACCUGGUUUCUCUCAACACCACCACCUGGGAGUUCAUGUCACGCCACCGCAUCUCCUACCUCAAACACUGCGGCACUGAUGAAAACCCCUUUGACCGUGGCACCUUCCACAACCUUUGGGGUUUCUUCUGCGUGUGGGGCACGGUGGUGUGGGAACAGGUGUACUUCAGGGAGGGCAGCGACCAAGUCUAGUGACACGUGACACACGGAAAGGAAUUUCACUCAUGAACAACCUUUCUGGAUUUUGGGAUCAGACACUUGACCACAAAGUUGGGAGAUAAACUAUCCUUGUGUGCGGUUUACCUUUUAUGUAAACACUAAUGUUGUUGUCCCACAUUUCCGUUCAUAUCAACAUAUCUCCUUUCAUUGGUUCAUCCCUGCACUGUUGUUAUAGUCCACAUUUCCUGUUUUUUCCUCCUCUCCCCAUGUAGCUGUUAACAGUUUGAAUAGCAGGUUACCAGCACUAUAGCCCUUAUUCUAACAAUUGUUUACAACUAUUCAAGUAUACAGUACCAUUUCCCCAAGACAGGAACUUUACUAAUCGAUUUUAAGGCUAUAAGUAAAGCUAAUCAUAAAGCCUUAUUGACUUAAGCUUGGUCUUUGUUAAUGCACUCACAUCCCACUUGACCCUCGUUUCUGCAUACUCCACUGAAUAAUUUUUGUGAGCAUUAAUAACAUGUUUAAAAACUCCUGGAGUGCUUCUGGUCUUACAGUGACAAAUGGUAAACCUGACUGAUGGACUGGUUAAUAAUUAAGUUUACUUUUAAUACAUAUCAAACUCAUUAGCAUUUGAUUAAAGAAUAUACUUGUUUUAGGUGCAUGUGUAGACAAUCUAGAUCUAUGGUUUGUAUGGUUUCUCACUGGAGUCAGAUCCUGAUUAACAAGUUUGGUAUAUUUGUUGUUUUAGUGUAGAAAGCUUAAUUCCAUUCUCAUUUCAUGUGAUACAUUGCUGUUACUGCGGCCCACUUGCUUCAGCAGCUUUUGUCUUUUAAAAAAAACUGGUAGCCGAAGUGAGGAUAGGCAACAGUCUUUUAUUUAAAUUGUUUUUAUCUGUUCAGCAACUCAGUAGAUUUGAAAUAUGAAAUAGUAAAAACUGCUGUAUUGUUUCUAGCAUUUAAUACAACCAGGACGUACAAGAUGCUUUGACUUUCAAUGGACAGCAUUUUAAGCUAUUUUAUAUUGUAUAUAAUUUUUUUUACUAUUAUGAACCAGACAAUGUCUUUAGAUUUUUUAUGACUAUUUUAAUGAAGUAACUUGAAUACUGUGGAACAGUAGCUAAUAGUAAGUAGAGGUUUGGGUGCAAUACAUGUUUGGUAUUUCCAUUUGAACAUUUCCUUGUGCAAUAGUAACCUUGUAAGACAGCAAUAAAUGUGGUGUUGAAUUCUGGUUAUAAUGAAUUGACUUUUAAUUCAUGUUGUGUACUUCUGAAUUAUAUGCAAUAUUGUCAUGCAAUGUUUUUUACUACUUUGAACUGACUGUAUACAUCAAAUAAAUGUUUCAUUAAGCGUU